AUGCAAUCUCUACACAUGGCCGUCGAUGAGGACCUCCACCAAGUGGAGCAGUCCCUUGAGGCCCUCAAGAAAUCCCUCACAUCCCUCUCUGAGGUCGUCCUACAAAACCAAAGAGGCCUCAACCUGCUCUUCCUCAAGGAGGGAGGCCUCUGCACUGCCCUUAAGGAAGAAUGCUGCUUCUAUGCCUACCACACCGGGAUAGCCAGGGACUCAACUGCCGAACUUAGGAAUAACCUCAAGAGACGCCACAAGGAGCAGUCUGAAACCGCCUCCUGGUACCCGCAGUUCUUCACUCAGUCCCCCUGGCUUACCACCCUGAUCUUCACUCUACCGUGGGACCCAUGGUCCCUGGUGGGCCAAUGGUUCAUCAAUACUGGCCGUUCACCUCCUCUGAUUUAUACAAUUGGAAACACCAAAACCCCCCUUUUUCUGAGCAACCACAGAAGCUCAUUGACCUUCUGGAAUCCAUUUUUCUCACUCAUACUCCCAACUUGGGACAACUGUCAGCAGCAACUCCGCACACUCUUGACUAGUGAAGAGCGUGACCGCAUUCUCGCAGAAGGGCGGAAAAUGAUUCUAAGUGACGAUGGCCGCCCCACGGCUGAUCCCGCUCGCUUGGAAGCUGUGUUUCCCACGAAUCGCCCGGAUUGGGACUUCUCGAUGGAGCAAGGUAGGGAGCAUCUUCAGUCCUAUCGCCAGACUCUCCUAGCAGGCCUCCAUGCAGCAGCUUGGAAGCCCACUAAUUUGACCAAAAUUGGGGCAGUUAGACAGGGCCCUGAGGAAACUCCUGCAGCCUUUCUAGAACGGCUACAGAAUGCCUUCCGAAUUUAUUCCCCCAUGGACCCCGCAACUCCUGCCAGUCAGAUGGCAGUCCUACUAGCAUUUGUCAAUCAAGCGGCACCAGACAUCCGUAAAAAGCUGCAGAGGGUGGAUGCAUUUACGGCACAGUCCCUAGAGGAACUUCUGAAGGUAGCAGAGAAGGUCUAUAACACAAGGGAGACUCCUGAGGAGCGGGUGGAACGCCUGAGACAGGAGGACCUUAUCAGGCAGGAUCAGAGACAGAAAGAGGCUGAGGAACGGGAUGUCAGGAUGCGUUCAGAACAACGCUUUCAGGAAGAAAAGGCCCAAAGACAGAUGCUUAAAGCUCAACAAGAGACCACUCCUUGCAUCGAGGGGACUCCCAUUUCCCUGCUGGUGGACACGGGGGCAGAACACUCAGUCCUCCAACAUCCCCUGGGCAAGACUUCCUCCAAAUUUUCCGUGGUCCAGGGAGUGGCGGGUUCUCGCAAAUACCCCUGGACCACUAAACAAACUGUGAAUCUUGGGACCCACGCGGUCUCCCACUCCUUCCUGGUCAUUCCUGAUAGCCCUGCCCCUCUCCUGGGUAGAGAUCUUUUGCAUAAAUUAGGCGCUUGCAUACAGUUUCACCAAGACUCAGUGGCCGUGACUAAUGCUGAAGGGAUUCCUCUCACCGUGCUCACAGUGAGCCUUCAGGAUGAGCACCAAUUGUUCUCCGACCCCAUUCCCGCCAACAUGUUAAGCCUUCAGUGGUGGCUACCCGGGGUGUGGGCAGAGCUUUCGGGGGUUGGCUUGGCAAUCCACCAAGCCCCAGUCGUGAUCCCCCUCAAGUCCAGGGCCACACCCAUCUGGGUCAGACAAUACCCAGUGCCCCUAGCGGCCAGGAGAGGGAUCCAACCCUAUAUCGACUGCCUUCUGAAGGCCAGAAUCCUGGUUCCAUGCAAAUCACCUUGGAACACUCCCCUCUUACCGGUAAAGAAACCUGGGUCGAAUGACUAUCAGCAGGUCCAAGACCUGAGGGAGGUGAACAAAAGGAUCGAGGACAUCCAUCCCACAGUCCCCAAUCCUUGCACACUGCUUAGCAAUCUCCAUCCUUUCCUUAUAUGGUACACCUCUUUGGACUUGAAGGACGCUUUCUUUACCCUCCCGCUUGCACCCAUUAGCCAACCCAUCUUUGCCUUUGAGUGGCACAGCCCUGGGUCCCCGACUGUCUCCCAACUAACCUGGACUAGACUCCCCCAGGGACUGAAACUUAGCCCGACCCUCUUCAGCGAUGCUCUGGCUCGGGAUCUGGAGGAGUUCCGCGCUGCACGUCCUGAAGUGACCCUCCUGCAGUACAUCAACGACCUCCUCAUCGCCUCCCCCUCCGAAGAUUCCUGUAAAGAUGCUACUCGAGCACUUCUGACCUGCCUUCAGGAAUCGGGGUAUCACAUCAGCACGAAGAAAGCACGCAUUGCCCGCACGGAGGUAAUAUUUCUAGGCUAUCGCUUGAAAGAGGGUUUUCGAUGGCUCACUAAGGCCAUGACCCAGACCGUCUUGACAAUCCCUACCCCAUCAUCACCUAGGCAGGUCCGAGAGUUUCUCAGAACGGUGGGCUACUGUCGGUUGUGGAUCCCUAAUUUUGCUGAAAUCGCGAAGCCCCUCUAUUUAGGGGCUAGGGAGUCCAAGGCUUGGUCAUGGACAACAGACAUGGACUUGGCCUUUCAGGAACUGCGCACCUCCUUGCUGAGAGCCCUGGCCUUGGCCCUGCCUGAUCCCGAAAAGGCAUUUUUGCUCUUCAUGGAUGAAAAACAUGGAGUAGCAAAGGGAGUCCUCACCCAAAAGUUGGGACCCUGGGACAGGCCAGUGGCAUAUUUGUCCAAAAGGAUGGACCCUGUGGCAGCAGGGUGGCCAGCAUGCCUCCACAUUAUUGCCGCUGUAGCUCUCUUAGUCAAGGAUGCAGACAAGCUCACCCAUGGCCAAGCACUGACCAUUGCCACCUCUCACGCCAUUGAAAGUGUCCUUCGGCAACCACCAGUCAGAUGGCUCUCACACUCUAGGCUGACACACUAUCAGUCCCUGCUCCUCAAUGAACUGCGACUCACUUUUAAGGUGAUCUCAGCCCUCAAUCCUGCCACCCUGCUCCCUAUAGGGGACCCAACAGCAUCCCACUCUUGUCAGGACAUUUUAGUGGAAGCCACCUCAGCAAGACCUGACCUCAAGGACACCCCCAUCCCAAACCCGGACCUCAUCUACUUCACUAAUGGUAGCAGUUUCAUCACCCCCUCGGGGCCCAGAGCAGCAGGAGCAGCAGUAGUUGACCAUUCAGGUUCCAUUGUUUGGGCAGCCCAACUUCCUGAAGGAACCUCAGCCCAGCAGGCUGAAUUGCUUACUCUGGAAGCAGCCCUUAGGGUGGCAAAAGGGAAGUGAGUGAAUAUCUAUACAGACAGCCGCUACGCAUUUGCCUCCCUGCAUAUUCAUGCUCCCAUCUACCGUGAGCGGGGAUACAUAACCUCCAUGGGGAAGCCAAUUGCCCACCUAGAACAUAUUCAGGGGCUCCUGGAUGCGGUCUGGGAACCCCACCUGGUGGCCGUUAUCCACACACCAGGCCAUCAGAAGGGAUACAGACAGCCGCUACGCAUUUGCCUCCCUGCAUGCCUCCUGCUCCCAGCCCCUCCCUCAGAGCCACCCCAAUACUCGGAAGAAGACCGAGUAUGGGUCACUAAACAGGAAGGUGAGCCCUUAGCCGGCUACGAGGCAGUUUUCCAAGACCGCCAGGGCAACAUACUCCUGCCCCAUGUGGCAGGCUGUCUGCUGGCUACUCACCUCCACCAUCUUACCCACCUUGGCGCCGACAAACUUCGGGAGAUUCUACGGAAGGGGCGGAUUCGAUUCUGGGGCAUGACCUCCUUUCUUGAGGAACUCACCCGCAAAUGCACUACCUGCCAAGCAGUGCGGCCAGCCAACCCCACCCCCGCCCUGGGGGCCCGGUUAAGGGGAACCAGACCCUGUGAACACUGGGAACUCGACUUCACUGAGGUAAAGCCGGGUAAAUUUGGGUUCCGGUACCUUCUGGUUAUGGUGGACACGUUCAUGGGAUGGCCAGAAGCCUUUCCUACCAAGGCUGAAACAGCACAGGUAGCAGUCAAACAUCUCCUGGAAGACAUCAUCCCUCGCUAUGGCCUCCCCACCUCCUUGGGGUCGGAUAAUGGACCAGCCUUCAUUAGCCACACUGUCCAGCUGCUGGUAAAGGGCCUAGGGGUAACUUGGAAGCACCAUUGCGAAUACAAACCUCAGAGUUCAGGUCAGGUAGAGAGGAUGAAUUGGACCCUAAAAGAGUUUCUUACUAAACUCACCCUGGAGACUGGCAAGGACUGGGUGACCCUCCUUCCCCUCGCUCUUUUUAAAGCCCGAAAUACCCCGGGCCAGCUAUCCCUUACCCCCUAUGAGAUCCUUUAUGGCUCCUUAUCCCCUAUUCUAUCAUCCUUUCCUUCCACCGAAAAAACACACCCCCCCCAUCUGCGAGAUUUUGUUCUUUCUCUUUCCCAGGUGCAUGCUGAAUUGUGGCCACGUCUUCAAGCCGGGUUUCAACCACCACCCCACGAGCCUCACCAAUUCAAGCCGGGUGACUGGGUCUGGGCUAAGAGACACGGGAAGGAAACCUUGCAACCCAGGUGGAAAGGGCCAUACGUCGUCCUGCUGACCACUCCAUCCGCAGUAAAGGUGGACGGCAUUGGCUCCUGGAUCCAUCAUUCUCACGUCAGGCUAGCCACAGCUCCAAACCCAGGGUGGGAAGUUAAGGCCCAUCCGAACAACCCCUUGAAGCUGACAUUAAGCAAACCUUAA